AUGGCUGUAGGAAAGGAUGCUGCGCUUAGGCGAGAACAAACUGCGCUUAGGCGAAAACAAAAAGAAGCGGGGAAGGGUGGGAAGGGAAUGGAUGAGGGGAAGGGGGGAGGUAAGGGGAAGGGAGUAGAUAAGGGGAAGGGGGAAAGUAAAGAAAAGGCGGGAAAAGUGGGAGAUAAGUCAAGUGAGGGAGAUGGGUCAGAAGAAUAUGUGAGGACAGUGACGAAGACGAGAGAGAAUAAGACUAUCCUGGCGGGUUCCAAUAUCACCACACACUUAAUACACACCCCGGAAAUUAUUGCAGUUCGGAUAAUGCGCGCUUUCAGUUCGAAAGAAAUCCGUCAAAAUAAAUGGUGCUCUGUUAAACACAAUUUAACAGCAGACAACAUAGAGAUUGAUGCGUGUAUUGCCAAUGGGGCAUUCGGAGUAGUGUUCCGCGCCGAGAAUAAAGACACCAGAGUUGCUGAAAAACCUGGUAUUAAAUACGCUAUUAAAGUCUCGAACCUUCGAUUGGACGAUUCAGAGGAUGUUUAUGAAGCUGAUAUGGGUUCGGAUCACAGUCCUGUUCUUACAAGGAGUAGUGAGGCUUCUAUUCAGGAAGUGGAAGAAAUGAAAAGGAGGAGUUUAUACUCUAAACGUGCCAGGGAAAUAAGGACAUCUUUGGAGUAUAUUAAAACAGGACAUCUCAAUGUGUGUAAACUGGAGGGCUGGGCCGAGUUUGACACCUUGGGAAGCCAUUUUCUCAUGAACAUUAUGGAGCUUUGCGAUCUUGGGACUCUCAACGAUCUGGUCAAUAACAUUGUAGUGCAUGUGGAAUACAUUCCGGAAGCAUUUAUGUGGCACGCUUGCGAACAAUUGUUUGAUGGCCUUGCAUUUCUCCACGGCGAGCAUCCAGAUUACAGAGACAAACCAGAGUUCAGAGGGAAUAAAUCAACGGUUCUUCGUGAUAUAAAAUCAGACAACAUCUUUAUCCAAUCGCCUCCUGCGAAUUCUCCCCCCAAUACAUAUCCUGCACUAAAAUUGGCAGAUUUUGGCGAGGCUAUACAUCUACCCAAAGGAGGCACGCGUGACUUUCACUUCGGGAACUCUUCCUGUGAACCACCCGACACCAAGCUGAGUGCAAAAUUUGAUGUUUGGUCCGUGGGCGCCCAGAUAUAUUACAUGGCGAAGAGUGGAAAGUAUCCAAACGUCGGAUGCGUGUUCCGAUCAAAGGGCAAAAAACAGCUAUGGGGCGAUAUGGGCCCGAAAAGAAAAGCAAUGGUAAUAGAGGCGAGGAAUAGUCUUAAUAGGUUCGAGCCUAUUGAUGAUCAUUUGACUGGCGAGUUACAAAGACAUAUCAGAUGGAUCAUGAAUCUUGAUAGACACCAGAGACCGUCCGCAUUGGAAGUAUUUAGGAGAGCCCAGGUAUUGAAUGGGGAGAGGAAGAAAUUGAUGUAUCGGAAGCUCCCAGACUAUGUACAAAUGGAUAUUAGCCGAGAAUUCAAGACCUUGGAACUGGUAAAUACAGAUUGGAAGAUGGCUCAGGCGGAAAGAGAAGGAUUUCUCUUUGAAUAUGGGGGAGGACUUCCGGUCAAGAGAAGAAACAGGGAUAGGCUUCAAUUAUGGAAAGAUUUUGCGAAUGAAAAAAGGUUAGAACGGGAGAAGAUCCAGAAGAGGAAGCUCGAGAUCGACAAAUAUAUGGAAUUGGAACAGCAUGCGAAUUUAGAUCGUGGAAGGAGGAGCGUGUUGGCGGCUGAGGAAAUCGCCAAGAUCAAUAAAGAGAGAAAGGAUAAUGGUGGUUGGUUGCUGCCAGGAAAAAAGAGGAGAAAGGUUAACUUUCGUAAACGUAGAGUCUACGGGGUCGGAGAGGUGUAG